CUUUACUUUACUGCAUACUCUCGGGCGAAGGCUUUCUACAGCGACAUUGUCGCUUGGCCACGAUAGGCGGUGCCAGGCUCAUAUAGAGGUUCAAAAUUGCAUUUCGCUGAGACGCUUUCCCUAGUUGGCUCUCCUGAUCUGAUUUGGUGAAGAACCCAAAAGAUGUCUGCAGAAGCAGCAUGGCUGAGCGAGGCCAUUGUGGAGUUCUUGAAGGGGCCCAUGUAUAUCAACCCGUUGAUGGGCUUCAUCGAUGAGAAGUGCUUGAUAUUCACGCCAGAGGAGGAGAACAAGUUCGAGUACACAAUCUACCACAACGAGUUCAAGGAGCUGGUGGACGGGUUGCUGACGGAGUUCCUGGAGGACCUGGGCGUGGGCGCGGAACAGUUCUACCAGGUGGUGGCCAAGGCGCAGGGCUCGGACCAGCUCACCAGCUUCGUGGUGCAGACCAUCCUGACGGUUGAUGACUUCCUAAUGUUUAAGGCCAUGAUGGUGCGCCGCAACAUUGACCUCACAAACCAGGUCCUGGAGGCGGUGGAGGAGGCGCGGCGGCUGGAGGCCAAGGCGGCGGCGGCGUCCAAGCCCGAGGCCAGCGGCGGCAGCCUGACCGCCAAGGCCGCCGCCACAGCGGCAGAGGAGGAUGCUCUCAAAGAGGCCAUGGCUCUGUCCAACAAGUUGGCGGCGGAGUGGGACGAGACGGACCGCCUGCACAAGGCCAUGCGCGCGCUGCAGCUGGAGGACGAGGACGUGGCGUUCCCGGCCGCCAUCGCCGCCUCGCUGAGGGAGCAGGCCAAGUACGACUCGGAGCUGGCGGAUAUCGAGCAGGCCAUCGCGCUGUCCCUGGCACUGGAGGAGGAGCGCCGCCGCCUAGCAGCCCAGCAAGCGGCAGAGGCAGCGGCGGCGACUGCGGCGUCCACGUCAGCAGCUGCCGCUGGCGGGGCCGCCGGUAAAUCUGCUGGCGCGGCCGCCGCUGGUGCUGCUGGUACCGCCGCGACGUCAACCAGCGCUGCCGCCAUGCCCGCCGCUGCUGCCGGCGCCACUGGCAGCGGCGCCGCUGCUGCUUCGGCCUCCGCGGGCGCGGCCGCUACCAAGCCUCCCGCUGCCCACACCGCCGCCGCUGCCGGCGAGUCCCACCCCGUGAUCGCGCGCGCUGCCCCCCAGGCGCCCUCGCUGGCGCCGCUAAAGGGUUUCCUGCCCACGGGCGCCCCCGCGCCGCCGCCCUCCGCCGCCCCCGCGCCGCCACCCUCCGCCGCGCCCGAGGCCCCCCGCCCGCAGCGCUUCACGCCGGCGCCCAUCGACGCCCCCACCAGCGCCAACCUGGUCAAGUCGUCUAGUGUUCGCAACCGCGGCGCGGGCUACAAGACCGAGGCGGCGGGUGUCGACCUGGAGGCCAUCCGCAAGGCCGCGCAGCAGGCGGCGGAGAGCCAAAAGAAGCUGGUGGGCAAGGGCGACGUGAACGACGCCGCCACCAAGUGGCUGCAGGAGGCCAAGCUCAAGCUGAUCGCGCAGAAGCAGGCGGAGCGCGAGCGGGAGAUGGUGGACUACAAGGCGGCCAGCGCCGGCAAGCCCAAGCCCUCUGGCCCCUCCACCACCGCUGCCGCCGCGGACGACGCCAAGCGCGCUGCGCUGCGUGAGGCCCUGGCGCAGAAGAUGAAGCAAAACAUCAUGGGAGCAAACUGAGGAGCUGGGAGCAUCGAGAGCACGGGCGGGGGUGCGCGGGGGCAGAGCGAGAUGCUGACGUUGCCAGAGGUCCGGUUUGGCAGGUGGUGACUGAUGUGAGGGGUGAGCGCAGGUGGUGCCGCUGGACCGAAAUAUUGUAGAGGAGGCAUGCAGGCGAGCGAUUGCAGUGUGCGGACGUGAAGUGCAAUAGGUGCUGCAGGUGUUUUGGGUUGCCGUGAUUCGCGAUAGCAGGACUGAGUUUGUGCAGAGGUGGUUUGCAAGCGAAAUGGGUUUGGCUUAUUAUUGGCUUGUGCCUUCCGGCGUUGUUCUGGCGACCUUUGCCAAAGUGCCUUUGGCCAGUGCCAUGCCGCGCGCAUGUGUAGUCAUCUUCAACGGGCAUUGUCAUGGCAUUGUCACUCAGCUAAUGGUAUGUCAAACACCGCUGAGUAGUUCGAGGAGAAGAGGAUGUCAAACGCCGCUGAGUAUGCACGCCCCAGCCUCGGGCGCACAGUGUCACAAUCAGCACUACGCUGCAGCUCUUAGUACUGAGGGGGCGCGGCAUCUUUCCAUCGACUUUCGUCGAUGCCUGGGCUGGAUGCACUUUGUUCCCGAGGACUCGUGACUCAACUAUAUCAGCCACUUGCUUCCUUUGCCAUGUCCCACCAUGUGGAGAGGGACUGACUGCGCUGACGCAGGGUUAGCUGCAAUAGGUUCCUUCGAUCUAAAUUUUAUCUGAAUAUCUGUCAGGAACUGGCAAUGCUUCCCAGGGUUGGCGCGAGAUGGACGGAGGCGCGACGCAAGGCUUGGCGCGCACGGUUAUUGGGCUGUCUGAUACUGGUAGAAAACAUCACAUAAUCCAGUGUUCGGUCCUCUUGCCUCCUAGAAACGGGUGUGAAGCCACGCGACGAUUGAGUUUCUCUGGAAGUUUAGGAGUCGCCGAAGCCGCGCAGCGUCGACGCGCUUCUGUAAACCACAAAUGAU